AUGGCGCUCCUGGUCCCCGACUACGCGAGCUCCUCCGAGGACGAGGACACGUCUCGCUCACCCAUCGCUUCCCACCCUCCUGUCUCUCCUCCUGCAUCUACACCGCAUCCAGGUUCAGUGUCAUCCGCUAGCGUCGCAUCCGCUGCAUCGUCCAAGCAGAAGCUGCAGGGGCUUACAACAAAGAAGACGAAGACGAAGAAGAAGACAAAGAGAAGGAUCAAGACGGCGCUGUACCUUCCACCGGAGAUCCAGCGGCUUCUCGAGACAGGAGUCAGUGCUGGAUCGUUCUCCGAAGACAGUGAGGACGACAACGAGCUGUUGGCCAAGCACAGACGAGCCAAGAAAGCAGUUACGAAGCGUCCACGACCAGCUGCAGCUGCUAAAGACUCGGUCCUGUCUUUCCUCCCGCCUCCGAAGCAUGAGCUUCCAGCUACAAAACUAAAUGGAAGAAGGACUGUAGGUGCUGUUGACGAGGAGAGAGUGGAGGAGAAUCCAACUUGGGUGCAGACCACAGAAGCUCCAAGCGGUCAGCAUCCAGUAGGCGAAGAGAUAUCGACGGCAAAUGCUGCAGCCUGGCAGCAGUAUUACCAGCAACAGCAGCAGUAUCAGAACAGUGGUGCUGCCAAUUUACAGGAAUAUUAUGUUGCACAGGGAGAAGAUGAUGUGGCCGGGGGCAGCUCUAAACGCAGAAGAACACGGGAACGAGACAUUGAGCGAGCACUUCAGGAUGGCCACUUUGAGACUGUGGCGGGGCAACUUGCAGAGGUGCAAGGUCCGUUGCCUAAUGUGUGGCAACCACCGGUUAACCCGUUGGCAGGCUCUAACGGAUCCGGUGACGUGGACGUGAAAGUAAAGGCCAGCUUUUGGAACGCUCAGGCCGGCACGAUGGUGUCAACAGUCAAGCCCAGCCGGCUGCAACGACAGAAACAUCAAUUGAAUCAGCUUGCGUUCGAUGCUAAAGCACGUGACUUCGAUUUGCUGGACCGACGCAGCGCGUCAAUGAAGACCAAGAGAGAGACGUACGCCAAGUACGGAUGGUAG